GAUAGUGAGGUGUAAAACUAAACUGAACACUGUAUCCUCAUCCUCCAACUCCCACUUGUGUUCCAAACGUACACAUACAAAACAAUACUUACCCCGUGCCCUUCCCUUCUCUCUAAUACCACCAGAGACAGCGCGUAACAGUGGCUAAGAUGGCUAUUGCACCAUUUGGUAGUGCAUCAGCUACUCAAUGGGGAAUUCGUCCUCAGCUUAUCACGAGAUCGAGUGCAAUUGGCAAGAUUGCAUCAUCCUGCCACAAUUUUACAAGCAGGGUAAGCUUUAUGGCUGCCCCAAGUUCAAGCUUUUUUUCUCGGGAAUCCUUGCGUGGACUAAUUGACAUAGGUUCAUCUCAAACUUUGCAUCAUCGCAAGGGAUCAAGAUUGAUAGUUAGAGCAGAUUCAGAUUACUAUUCUGUCCUUGGGGUGUCUAGAAAUUCUACUAAAUCUGAAAUUAAGAGUGCUUAUCGGAAACUCGCCCGAAAUUAUCAUCCGGAUGUGAAUAAGGAACCUGGUGCAGAACAGAAGUUUAAAGAUAUUAGUAAUGCAUAUGAGGUCUUAUCAGAUGAUGAGAAACGACCCAUAUAUGACAGAUAUGGAGAGGAUGGGCUUAAAGGUUCAGGAAUGGGAACGGGGGAUUUCAGUAAUGCUUUUGAUCUGUUCGAGACACUAUUUGAGGGCAUGAAUGGUGGCAUGAACACCAGAGGUUCUUGGAAUGGAGCAGCUGAUGGUGAGGAUGAGUAUUACAGUUAUGUUUUGAACUUUAAAGAAGCUGUUUUUGGAGUGGAAAAGGAUAUAGAGAUUAAGAGAUUAGAGAGCUGCGGAACUUGCAAGGGUUCAGGGACUAAACCAGGGACUAAAUCAUCCAAAUGCAGCACUUGUCGUGGUCAGGGUCGUGUUGUCUCGUCAACAAGGACUCCAUUAGGUAUCUUUCAGCAGACAAUGACAUGCUCUUCUUGCAAUGGUACUGGAGAAAUUUCAACACCUUGCAGUACAUGUUCUGGGGAUGGUCGAGUGAGGAAAACAAAGCAGAUAACUCUAAAGAUUCCAGCUGGUGUGGAUUCUGGUAGCCGUUUAAGGGUCCAAAAUGAAGGUAAUGCUGGAAGGCGCGGGGGUUCUCCUGGUGACCUCUUUGUUGUUCUUGAAGUUAUCCCAGAUCCUGUGCUUAAACGAGAUGACACUAACAUUUUAUACUCAUGUAAGGUGUCUUAUAUUGAUGCAAUCUUGGGGACUAAAAUUAAGGUUCCAACUGUAGACGGCAUGGUGGAUUUGAAAAUCCCACCUGGGACUCAACCAGGCUCAACACUUGUUAUGGCUAAGAAAGGUGUCCCCCUGCUGAAUAAAAAGAAUAUGAGGGGUGAUCAAUUGGUUCGAGUGCAAGUUGAAAUCCCUAAAAGACUGAGCAGCGAUGAGAAAAAACUUAUUGAGGAACUUGCUGAUUUAAGCAAAGGCAAGAAGGCUGCCACCAUUACGAGAUAAUUUUUUGUGGGAACCUUUAUGUCCUAUGUAUUUAUAACCCCAUAAAUAUUCUUUUCCUUUUUAUGGAUGCUCCAUUCUUGACCUUUAGACUGAGAACUUGGAGAAGCUAUUUAUUAUAGAAAUGUUGGAGGGGUGAGCAUGUAUUGGUGGGUGUAGGUUAUUAGUCGUUAUAGACACAUGGAUAUGAAGAGCAGAAUAAACUAGAGAUAUUUUUCUUCAUUGGAAUUUACUUGCUUUUUGUAACUUUAUUUCUUUUAGACAAAGCCGAAUGAUGUGCACUCAUUUACUUAAUGUUAUUUAUAAAGAAAGAAGAAUACAAAAUCCCUUAUUG